AAAUUCGGUGGCAAAAUGUUGCUCAAAGUAAUUUGUAUAUCCUGUGUAGCCAAUGCACUAAUUUUAUUCUCAAGUGCAACUUAUAUUCCUGAACGCAAUGAGACGAAUUUAUGUCAUUCGAUUAACUCCCAAUUAUCUGAAGUGAGAGCGGAGCAGAAACAUUCUGUUAACUUGAUUGAAGGAAUAAUCAAGGCAAUGGAUCUUCAAAUACUUAAAACGGAACAGGAAAGACAAGGAAAACUCAUAGAUGAUCUGGUUAAGGCAAUGGAUAUUCAGAAUCGUCAAGAAAAGUUGAUAGACAAUCUGGUUAAGGCAACAGAUAUUCAAAGUCUAAAGGCGGAACUGGAGCAGCUGAAAAAAGACGGACUUGAUAAGGUGACCAACAUUCAACUACUUAGAACAGAGCUGGAAGAACAAAAGAAAGACAAAGAAUCGAAAAAUCAUUUUCUUACUGAGGAGCUGGAGCGACAGGGAAAAUUAAUAGGUGAACUUAAUAAGCAAUUAAAUAAUCAAACUCUUAGGUCGGAACAGGAACGACAAGGAAAGCUGAUUGAUGCACUUGUUAAGAAAACUUACCAAAGUUGUACCGACGCCAAGUCUAGUGGGAUCAAUGAAAUGCUAAUUCCCAAGCUCAGCAGUGAACUUUUUAAAGUGGCCUGCGAUGCAGAAACUCGAGGAGGAGGCUGGACGAUUAUCCUGAGGAGGAUGGAUGGAACUGUCGACUUCUAUCGAAACUGGACCGAAUACAAAGAGGGAUUUGGGGACCUGAGUGGCGAGUUCUUCUUGGGACUCGAUAAAAUACACGCAUUGACGGCAGAAAUGAACCAGGAACUACUUGUUGUCCUAGAGGACAACGAGGGAAAUGAAGCUUUUGAGAUGUAUGACAACUUUGCAAUCGGCGAUGAAGACCAUCAAUAUGUCAUACGCACUCUGGAAAAUGCGAGGGGAACUGCGGGUGAUUCACUUUUGGGGCAUCUUGGCAUGAGAUUUACCACCAAAGAUCGAGAUAAUGAUAAUCAUAAGUCGCAAAAUUGCGCCGUAGUCUACACAGGCGGCUGGUGGUACAAUGCGUGUCUCUCAAGCAACUUGGCAGGGAAGUACAAUGAUAACAGAUGGUUCAAGGGCGUCAAUUGGGUAACUUUUAAGGGUUAUGAUUACUCCCUCAAAAAAGCAGUCAUGAUGAUUCGGCCAGCGAAUUAAACUCUAAGAUUCUACAAUGUUUGAAAUCUGCUCACCGUUAUAUUAAAAUGUAUUUUGCGAUACCUCAAAAAAUAUUCUAUUACACAUGUUUGUA